AUGGUCACAGAAAAUGGAAGCCCUCGAUAUGCUCCUCCCUCGGCUGAAUCGGACCUGCGUGGUCGUCGAAAGAUUCCGCAUCCACCGCGGCUGGACCCUUUGAAGAUUGAUCCACGCGCGCCGCGAACCAAACAAUCGACUCCGAGAUCGUCGCCGCGAUCUCCCCGCUCUCCGCAUCUCCCGCGUUCGCACUCACCUCUGCCUCCAGCACCACAGACUGCAACAGAUGACCGACCGUGGCUCCCUGAAUCACUCCGAGCGGGUUCACCGCAAGGUAGAGACGAAUGGAGAACGAAACAGAGUUCGACUCACACUCCCCUGUUCACACCACCUCCUGAUCGAACGCCCCCAAUGUGGUAUACUCACGACAACGAUUUCGACCGACAAAAUCACCGCAAAGGGCCGCCGGCCAGAGGUGGUCUCCGCAUUUCCAUGUCGACCUCCCGGCUACCCAACAGACGACCGCGGCCGCAAGUCUCCCCCGAUCGCUCCCAGGACAGCGUUGGCCAUGGCCUGCCAUUGCCUCGGUUCCCGUCGAAGGGACCUGCUGAUGAUAAAACCCUCCGGACGAGCUUCAAUUCUGCUAUGACCUCGCGCUCCAGCAUUGAACAACACUCCGGUACCGAACGCAGCAGCGUCCUGACCAAGAGCAGCUCAAUUACCGAUCUCUCGCCAGAUACCCCCGACGGUCCUUAUGGGAUGGAUGAUGGCAUGAGUGUGGAAGAUGCGAUCUCCAUGUAUCUCGAUGGCUUCAGCGACGUGGCUGAGGAACCCUCAUCGCCCACGUCGCGAGCCGAGAGCAAGGCACCCUCAAUCACACCUCCUCCUUCGAGAGAUGCCUACCUGGAGGGGGCAGUUAUGUUCCCACCGAGGACGACGUCACUUGAAAGUGUACCUCCCAUCCGACCACCUUCGCAGUCCGAUUUGCCAGAGACAGCAUACUUUGAACCUGAAUUAUCACAACUUCCUAUACCGGAGCCUAUAAUGGAGAUUGCUUCUCCACCACAAACUCCUCCACCACCCCCACCACCUGUUAUCACCUCUGAACCUGCGCCCCAAGAACCCAAUCUCCCCGAAAAAGCAUCCCCUAAAUCACCCUCCUCCCACCAACGACAGCCGUCAAAGAUAAUAAUACCCGGGCCCUACGAAGCUUGGAAGGGAUCUUAUUCUGGCUAUGCUGCGCAUCGUCGGAGUAAGUGGCAGGAAUUGCUCAAGGAGCAUGGUCUCCAAACCGCCGAUCCUACUGUGUUUCCAGCACAGUCCAACAAGGUGAAACGUUUUGUACGCAAGGGCAUCCCCUCUGAAUUUCGGGGCGCUGCUUGGUUUUGGUAUGCCGGCGGGUACGAGCUCCUGAACCGCAACCCUGGUCACUACGAUCGACUCGUGGAGAAGGUGAUGGCUUCUCCCAGCAAUGAUGACAAGGAACACAUUGAACGUGAUCUACAUCGCACCUUCCCAGAUAAUCUCCAUUUCAAGCCGGAGUCUGUGGAUGGUGGACCUCAGAACUCGAAUAUCACGACUGAGACCCAGAUGAUUCAAUCAUUGCGCCAGGUACUGUAUGCUUUUGCACUGCAUAAUCCCAAAGUUGGCUACACACAGUCGCUGAACUUCAUCACCGGCAUGCUCCUUCUAUUUCUUCCGGAGGAGAAGGCGUUUUGGAUGUUGCACAUCAUCACCUCCGUGUACCUGCCAGGUACCCAUGAGGUCAGCCUGGAAGGUGCAAAUAUCGAUCUUUGGAUCCUCAUGGUUCUGCUACGAGAUUCCAUGCCGAGCAUCUAUUCCAAGAUUGCUAGCAUGGAUGGAUCCUCCAUUCGCGGUAAACCGCCUGCUCUCACUGUGAACUCGCGACUUCCUGACAUCACUCUGGGAUUGACCAAUUGGCUUAUGUCCAUUUUCAUUGGAACACUGCCUCUUGAAACAACACUGCGAGUCUGGGACAUUUUCUUUUACGAAGGUUCCAAGACGUUCUUCCGUGUUUCACUUGCAAUUUUCAAGGCUUGCGAAAGAGACAUUCUCGCAGUUUCGGAUCCCAUGGAAGUCUUCCAGGUAGUACAGACGGUUCCCAAGAGAUUGUUGGAUGUCAACACACUCCUCGAGGACUGUUUUGUGCGACGGCAUCGUGUUGGUCAAGGCCGUAUCGAAGAAUUGCGAGCUGCACGACGAGUUGCUGUUCGACAGGAGAAACUGCGGCGCUCGGUCGCCUUCAGCAAGGGCCAGAUCCAGUCUGCGACUGACAAUUUCCCUGGUUCACGAAAUGGAGGGGCCGAUAUCGAACAACGGGUUGUGAACUCCUGGCGUAAUCUCAAGCAACAUGCCUUCCACAGGGAACCGGGCCGUUAA